GCAUGCACCUUUGUGGCCCCAUGUAUGCACCCACCUGCCCCCCUGCCUACCUUCACGCAUCCACCUGGACUCCUGCAUACACCCGCCUGCCCCCCUGGAUGCAGUCACCCACCUUCACUCCCCCUGCACACACUCAUCUGCCCCUCUGUAUGCACCCAUCUGCCCUCCUGCCCCUUCCACUCACCCACCUGUCCCUCUGCAUGCAUUCACUUGCCUUCAUUCCCUCUGCAGGCACCCACCUACACCCUUGCACGGACCCACUUGUCCCCUGCUCACACCCACCUGCUCCUCUGCAAAUACCCAUCUGCCACCGCACACACCCACCUGGUCCCCUGCAUGCACCCACCUUCCUCCGACCUUGCUGCACACACCCGCCUGUCCCAAUACACCCAUCCACCUGCCCUCUGCAUGCACCCGCAAGCACCCCUGCAAUCACCACAUGCCCCUGCUCCCUUGCACACACCCACCUGCCCCAUUGCACUCACCCAACAGUCCUCCUGCAGGUACCCAACUGCCUUCAUUCCCCCUGAAGGCACCCACCUUCCCCCUGCAUGCAACCACCUGCCUCCCCUGGCCUUCUGUAAACACCCCUCUGCAAGCACACAACCGCUCCUGCACAUAUCCACCAGCCUCAAUACACCCACCCACGCGCCCCCUGCAUGCACUCAGGAGCCCCACUGCAGUCACCCACCUGUCCCCUGCCCCAGUGCACGUACUCACUCACUCCCUUGCAUGCACCCACCUGCCCCCCUGUACUCAUCAACCUGCUUCCCGGCAUGCACCCACAAGCCUCCCCUGCCCCACUGUACACAUGCACCUGCCCCCCUACAUACACCCACCUGGCCCCCUGUAUGCACCCACCUACCCCCCUGGCCUCUGCACCACUCACCCUCCCCCUGCCUAUCUUCAUGCACCCACCUGCCCACCUGCAGCUACCCUCCUGACCCUCUGCAUGCACCACCUGUCCCCCUGCAUGCACUCACCCACCUUAACUUUCUGUGCACUCACCCACCUGCCCCCCUUGCAUGAUCUCACCUGUCUCCCUGACCCCUGCACCCACAUGCCUGCCCCUUUGCCCCCCUGCAUGCACCCAUGAGCUCCUUGCACGCAGCCACCUGCCCCACUAUACCUACCCACUGUCACUCCUCCCUUCACGCAGCCACCUGCCCCCUGCCCCUGGCAAGCACCCACGGGCACCCUUGCACACACCUACAUGCACCUCUCCAUGCACCCACAGACCUUCACUCUCCCUGCACAUACCCACUGGCCCCCCUGCACGCACCCUCCUGCCUCCGUACAUGCACCCACUUGCCCCCUGCCCACACUCAGUUGCCCUCCUGCAUGCACCCAUCUGCCCCUCAGCAUGCACUCACCCUCUUUCAACACCCCUGCACACACCCAGGGGCCUCUGUCCCACAUCUUCCUCUGGGACCCCCUUGCCCUGGUUACAGGGUACUGCAGUUGGAGGCAAGAGACGAGGCUGAGCACUCCUGGGGAGACCAGGUGCACCUGCAGAAAAAUUCCGGGGUGCCACUUCCCAGGGAGGAUGAAGGGGAGCCCAGGCCUGCAGCAGGUGCAGCUGAGCCCCUGAUGCCCUGAGAGGCUGCACAACAAGACUGGAGCCAGGGAAGCUCUCAUCCAAGUUGGAACAUGAAGAGGAGAGUUUCCCUUGGGAUCUUUCUGGAUUCAGAUCCUACGUAGCUGGAAGUUUAUCUCAGGGGAAAGCCCAUAAGUGGAACUUUUGACUUAUUGCCCUAUAACAUCCUCCCUGGAGGGAACGUCUGCAUGGGUGGCAAGAUGAUUCUUCCACACGGCUGUGGACGGCUGUGGGCCUCCAGGCGGGUGCUGCUCUGCCCUCGGCAGUGUCCCUGCUCUGCUCUCACCCUGCAUUCUCCUGGUGUCUGUGAAACAAGUAGAGAAAUGGAAGAGAAAGUGAAACUUGGAAGAGGCUGCGUCCCCUUACGUGCUCAGGGCUGUCAGACCUGACAUGCACUCAAUCUACUGUGAGUGUGGACAGAGGAAACACCCACAGACACUCAAAGGCCAUUGGCAUGAGUCAUUACUAACAGUCACAGCGACUGCAGUUUCAAGGCCUGGAUCAGGUCCUCCCGAGACACACCAACAGACCAGAGGGUCUAAUGGCCCCUCUGCCCAUAAACAUUCACAGCAGCUGGGAAGGUGCUGGUCCCACAUGAUGGACUGUGACAGCGUCUCUGUGACCCUUCUGCUCAGAGUAGCCUGGGCUGCAGGGACCCAUUUCCAGCCUGGCCUCCCUGCCCUGCACAGCACCUUCUCUCCAGCAUCUUCCCUGUUUCUGUGUCUCUCAUCCCUUUCCGUCUGCCUUUCCGUCCCCUGUCCCUAACUUCCUGCGGAGUAUUCCUACAAGCCAGCAGUUCAGGACAUUCUGGCUAUUUCCUCCCAGGCUAAAAGACCACCCAGCUCCCCAGGUGCAUCCUGGCUCUUUACUGGCAGUGAGGGCACUGUUGAAAUCUUCAUUAUUCUAAAAUAACAAGUGUUGGUGAGAAUGUGGAGAAGAAGGAGCCCUCCCGAACUCUUGGUGGGAAUGUAAACUGGUGCAGUCACUGUGGAGAACUGUAAGGAGGUUCCUCAAAAAGUUAAAAAUAGAACCACCCGUAGAUCCAGGAAUUCCACUCCUGGGGAUUUACCCAAGGGAAAGGAAAUCACUGUCUGGAAGAGAUCUCUGCACAUCCACGUUCAUGGCAGCAUUGUUCACAGUGGCCAAGUCAGGAAAACAGGUUAAGUGUCCAACCAAUGAGUGACGUAUAUACAAAGGAAUAUUGCUCAGCUGUAAAAAAGAAUGGGCAGAUCUGGAGGAUGUUAUGCUGAGUGAAAUAAGCCAGCCACACAAAGAAGAGCCUGUGUGGUCCCACUUACAUGUGGUAUCUGAAGAACAGGCAGAAGCCAAGCACAGAACGGCGUGGGGUGGGGAUGUGUCAGUCACAGGGCACACCGUGGCGGUGACGCAGGAGGAAGCCUGGAGACCUGGUGCCCAGCAUGGUGACCUGCCGACAGCCCCCGACUGAGUGUGUGUGAUCUCAGGUGCUACGACCACACACAGACGGUAACGGAGCAGGGAGAAGGCGGGUCCAGAGCUUGGCUCCAGCCAUCAUGUCACUGGUACGCGUGACUCACAUCACUGUGCUGAACACCCUAAAUAGAUGCCGUGCUUACUAAAAUGUUUUAAGUUUUAAAAGUAAAAUAAAACAACCAGCCUGUGUGGAGA